GCCCCUCCCCCACUCUGGUGUCCAGAUGCCCCUUACACACCCAUCUGAUUACCUUGGCUGCCCCUCACUCCUCAUCUCAGUCUGUCCUCCUCACUUCCCUCUCUAGGCUAGACCCAUAUGCCCCCUCCCCACUAUACAACCACAUGUACAAAGGCUGUCAACUGUACACAUACACUCCCUAGUCCUGUAUUCUGAGUCUCACUGUUCUGGAGGGUUCUAGCUUCAAGCUCCCUUUUCCAACAGAAGGACCUUACUUGCCUUGUUUUCCCAGCCUGCAGCUGACCACUGCCCUGGCUGAAUGAGGGGCCUUGCUUGGGUCAGAAAUAACACUUCCCUGGGGGCAGUGUCAUCAGCAGCCAUGGAGACUUGCAGCACAUUGCAUCAUGGAGGCUGGGGGCCAGAGGCCUGAGUCUCUAGGGCAGGGGGAAGGAUGGAGGCUGGAAGACCAGGGAAUGGAGAGACUAGACUGGGAGUCCAACCAAAUGUCUGGGUCUGUAGGGACUGAAAACUGAAGAGGGGAACAGAACACAUAAGCCCCUGAGGAGUGAGUCUGAGUUGAGGGUUAACUGAGUUCUGACCCCUGGAUGGACACCUGGUUCCUGGCCUUGGUUUUAGGUUAAAAUACCUACUUCUUUUUUUCUGAGGGUUAGAAGGGAAGGGAUGGGCCUCUGUCACCUUCUUGGGCCACACAGAGGAAGGAGGUGAUGGGGAAACAGGAUAUGUCCUUGGGGGUAGGAUGGAGGGGGGCUUGCAGCAGAGGCCACUUCCAGGCUCAGGCCCAGAGUCAUAGCUCUUACAGAGGAGGAAGGCUUCUCCCUGUUGGGCCCGUUCAUCUAGUCUGGCYACCUGUGCUGCUCGCCAAGACCUGCCUGCACCUGCCUAGGGGAAGGGGAGGGGGCAGAGUCCAGAGGGUGGGGUUGACUGUUUGGUGUCUUGAUAAGGAGAGUGGAACCUUUGGGAGGAAGAAGGUCUGCAUGCCUUGGGUCCAGAACUGAGUCUGGCCUUGGUACUGCUGUCAGGGGCAGAUGAAACUACUCUGAGGCUAGAGAGUCAGCAGGGGGGUCCAGUCAGCUGGUGCCCAUUGUAGACUUACGUUCCAUAGCAUGCCUCCUUAUCAUCUGGUCAGGAUGCCUCCUCAAGGGGAAGGUUGAGGAUCACUUUGGGGAUGGCUUUUUCUGGUUGCCAUGGAAACCAGUUCUUCCAUCUCAUCUGACCACUAGAGCCAGGUUUCUCCUCAGUGAGGGGGGAUAGGGAGCACAGAGAAACCUUCCAGUCUGGGAGACCCCCACUUCUAAAUGACUUUUUUUCUUUUAGGUUUCCCCCAGGCACCAUGCCAGCCCCAUAACACUACCCACUCCACUGUGGUCUGCUGCACCCCACUGCUGGGGCACUGUUCUAAUGAGACAGGGCACACCAAACUCCAUCUGCCGGGCUGUUACUGAGGCGGAGACACGGGUGAUGAUUGGCUUUCCGGGGAGAGAGGAAGUCCUGUGAUUGGCCAGAUCUCUGAAGCUCGCCGACGCGUAAGAGGACGCUCCCACCGAGGCCGGAAUUGGCUGUGAAAGGCUAGGGGCUGCCAUCUGGGUACAGUGGGCACUCUUGUCAGAGCGGCUGGAGCCGGACCAUCCUCCCAGCUUCCCAGAGAGCUGGGGCAGGGGGCCGUGCCCGAUCUCCAGGGCUCCUGGGGCCACUGCUGACCUGGCUGGAUGCAUCGGGCAGUGGACCCUCCAGGGGCCCGCACUGCACGGGAAGCCUUUGCCCUUGGGGGCCUGAGCUGUGCUGGGGCCUGGAGCUCCUGCCCGCCCCAUCCCCCUCCUCGAGGCGCAUGGCUGCCUGGAGGCAGAUGCUCAGCCAGCAUCGGGCAACCCCCACUCCCUGCUCCCCUACCCACUUCGCAUGGCAGUAGCUCUGGACAUCCCAACAAACCAUACUAUGCUCCAGGGACACCCACCUCAAGACCCCUCCAUGGAAAGCUGGAAUCCUUGCAUGGAUGUGUGCAGGCAUUGCUGCGGGAGCCAGCCCAGCCAGGACUGUGGGAACAGCUUGGGCAGCUGUACGAGUCAGAACAUGACAGUGAGGAGGCUAUACGCUGCUACCACAGCGCCCUUCGAUAUGGAGGAAGCUUCUCUGAGCUGGGGCCCCGCAUUGGGCGACUACAGCAGGCUCAGCUCUGGAACUUUCAUGCUGGCUCCUGCCAGCACAGAGCCAAGAUCCUUCCUCCUCUGGAGCAAGUGUGGAACUUGCUGCACCUUGAGCACAAGCGGAACUAUGGAGCCAAGCGAGGGGGUCCCCCCGUGAAGCGAGCUGCCGAACCCCCAGUGGUGCAGCCUAUUCCUCCUGCAGCACUUUCAGGCCCCUCAGGGGAGGAGGGCCUCAGCCCUGGAGGCAAGCGCAGGAGAGGCUGCAGUUCUGAACAGACUGGCCUUCCCCCAGGGCUGCCACUGCCUCCACCACCAUUACCACCACCACCACCACCACCCCCCUUGCCUGGCCUGGCUACGAGCCCUCCAUUUCAGCUGACCAAGCCAGGGCUAUGGAGUACCUUGCAUGGAGAUACCUGGGGCCCCGACCGCAAGAGUUCAGCACCCCCAGAGCGCCAGGAACAGCGGCACUCGCUGCCUCACCCAUAUCCAUACCCAGCUCCAGCCUACACUGCGCACCCCCCCAGCCACCGGCUGGUCCCAGCCACACCCCCAGGCCCCAGCCCCCGCCCCCCAGGAGCAGAGAGCCAUGGCUGCCUGCCUGCCACCCGUCCCCCCGGAAGUGACCUUAGAGAGAGCAGAGUUCAGAGGUCGCGGAUGGACUCCAGCGUUUCACCAGCAGCAACUACCGCCUGCGUGCCUUACGCCCCUUCCCGGCCCCCUGGCCUCCCUAGUACCACCAGCAGCAGCAGUAGCAGCAGCAGCAGCAACACCGGUCUUCGGGGUGUGGAGCCCAGCCCAGGCAUUCCUGGUGCUGACCAUUACCAAACUCCUGCGCUGGAGGUCUCCCCUCACCAGGGUCGCCUAGGGUCCUCGGCACACAACAGUCGAAAACCGUUCUUGGCAGCUCCUGCUGCCACUCCCCACCUGUCCCUGCCACCUGGGCCCUCCUCUUCCCCUCCACCCCCCUGUCCCCGCCUCUUACGCCCACCCCCACCCCCUGCCUGGCUGAAGGGCCAGGCUUGCCGGACAGCCCGAGAGGAUGGAGAGAUCUUAGAAGAGCUCUUCUUUGGGGCUGAGGGGCCCCCUCGCCCUCCCCCACUUCCCCACCGAGAGGGCUUCUUGGGGCCUCCAGCCCCCCGCUUUUCUGUGGGCACUCAGGAUUCUCACACCCCUCCCACUCCCUCAACCACCAGCAGUAGCAGCAGCAGCAGCAACAAUGGCAGCCACAGCAGCACCCCUACUGGGCCUGUGCCCUUCCCCCCACCUUAUCUGGCCAGAAAUAUGGACUCCCUUCCCCGGCCACCCAGCCCAACAUUAAGCCCCCAGGACCCACCUAUUGCACCCCUGACUCUUGCCCUGCCGCCAACCCCUCCCUCCUCCUGCCACCAAAAUACCUCAGGAAGCUUCAGGCGCUCGGAGAGCCCCCGGCCCAGGGUCUCCUUCCCAAAGACCCCCGAGGUGGGGCCAGGGCCACCCCCAGGCCCCCUGAGUAAAGCCCCCCAGCCUGUGCCUCCUGGGGUUGGGGAGCUGCCUGCAAGAGGCCCACGACUCUUUGAUUUUCCCCCAACCCCGCUGGAGGACCAGUUUGAGGAGCCAGCUGAGUUCAAGAUUCUACCCGAUGGGCUGGCUAACAUCAUGAAGAUGCUGGAUGAAUCAAUUAGAAAGGAGGAGGAGCAGCAGCAGCAGGAGGCAGGCGUGGUCCUCCCAUCCCCGCUGAAGGAACCCUUUGCAUCUCUGCAGCCUCCAUUCCCCAGCGACACAGUCCCAACCACCACUGCUGCCACAGCUGCUGGCACCACCACCACUACCACCACCACCACCACCACCACCACCACCCAGGAAGAGGAGAAGAAGCCACCACCAGCCCUGCCACCACCACCGCCCCUAGCCAAGUUCCCUCCACCUACCCAGCCACAACCGCCACAGCCCCCACCACCCCCACCAGCCAACCCAGCCAGCUUGCUCAAAUCCUUGGCUUCUGUGCUGGAGGGACAAAAGUACUGUUAUCGGGGGCCUGGAACAGCUGUUUCCACCCGACCUGGGCCCUUGCCCACCACUCAGUAUUCCCCUGGUCCCCCAUCAGGUGCUACUGCCCCGCCACCCACCUCAGUGGUCCCUAGCGCCCAGGGCUCCCCACAGCCCUCUGCUUCCUCGUCAUCUCAGUUCUCUACCUCAGGCGGGCCCUGGGCCCGGGAACGCAGGGCUGGUGAAGAGCCAGCUCCCGGCCCGGUGACCCCUGCCCAGCCGCCCCCACCCCUGCCACUGCCCCCUGCUCGCUCUGAGUCUGAGGUGCUAGAAGAGAUCAGUCGGGCUUGUGAGACCCUUGUGGAGCGGGUGGGCCGGAGUGCCAUCAACCCAGUGGACACAGCAGACCCAGUGGACAGUGGAACUGAGCAACUGAUGCCUUCUGCACAGACCAAGGAGGAAAGUGGUGGGGUGGUGGCUGUGGUUGCAACAGGACCAGGCAGUGGCAAGCGGCGGCAGAAAGAACACCAGAAGGAGCACCAGAAGGAGCAUCGUAGGCACAGGAGAGCCUGUAAGGACAGUGUGGGUCGGCGGCCCCGUGAGGGCAGGGCCAAAGCCAAGACCAAGACCCCCAAAGAAAAGAGCCGCCGGGUGCUAGGGAACCUGGACCUGCAGAGCGAGGAGAUCCAGGGUCGGGAGAAGGCCCGUCCUGAUCUUGGUGGGUCAUCCAAGGCCAAGCCACCCACAGCUCCUGUCCCUCCGCCAACUCCUGCUCCCUCUGCCCAGCCCACACCCCCGUCAGCCUCUGUCCCUGGAAAGAAGACUCGAGAGGAAGCUCCAGGGCCCCCAGGUGUCAGUCGUGCUGACAUGCUGAAGUUGCGCUCACUUAGUGAGGGGCCCCCCAAGGAGCUGAAGAUCCGGCUCAUCAAGGUAGAAAGUGGUGACAAGGAGACCUUCAUAGCCUCUGAGGUAGAAGAGCGGCGAUUGCGCAUGGCAGACCUCACCAUUAGCCACUGUGCUGCUGAUGUCGUGCGUGCCAGCAAGAAUGCCAAGGUAAAAGGGAAGUUUCGAGAGUCCUACCUUUCCCCUGCCCAGUCUGUGAAACCGAAGAUCAACACUGAGGAGAAGCUGCCCCGGGAAAAACUUAACCCUCCUACACCCAGCAUCUAUCUGGAGAGCAAACGGGAUGCCUUCUCACCAGUGCUGCUGCAGUUUUGUACAGACCCCCGAAAUCCCAUCACAGUGAUCCGGGGCCUGGCAGGCUCCCUGCGGCUCAACUUAGGCCUCUUCUCCACCAAGACGCUGGUGGAGGCUAGUGGCGAGCACACCGUGGAAGUGCGCACACAAGUGCAGCAGCCCUCAGAUGAGAACUGGGACCUGACCGGCACACGACAGAUCUGGCCCUGUGAGAGCUCUCGUUCCCACACCACCAUUGCCAAGUAUGCACAGUACCAGGCCUCCUCCUUCCAGGAGUCAUUACAGGAAGAGAAGGAGAGUGAGGAUGAGGAGUCAGAAGAGCCAGACAGCACCACAGGAACCCCUCCUAGCAGUGCACCAGACCCGAAGAACCAUCACAUCAUCAAAUUUGGCACGAAUAUCGAUCUAUCUGAUGCCAAACGGUGGAAGCCCCAGCUGCAGGAGCUGCUGAAGCUGCCCGCCUUCAUGCGGGUAACAUCCACAGGCAACAUGCUCAGCCACGUGGGCCACACCAUCCUGGGCAUGAAUACAGUACAGCUGUACAUGAAAGUCCCGGGCAGUCGAACUCCAGGCCACCAAGAGAACAACAAUUUCUGCUCAGUCAACAUUAACAUUGGUCCUGGUGACUGCGAAUGGUUCGCAGUGCACGAGCACUACUGGGAGACCAUAAGCGCCUUCUGUGACCGGCAUGGCGUGGACUACUUAACGGGUUCCUGGUGGCCAAUUCUGGAUGACCUCUACGCUUCCAAUAUCCCUGUGUACCGCUUUGUGCAGCGCCCUGGAGACCUUGUGUGGAUUAAUGCAGGGACUGUGCACUGGGUGCAGGCCACCGGCUGGUGCAACAACAUUGCCUGGAAUGUGGGGCCCCUCACCGCCUAUCAGUACCAGCUGGCCCUGGAACGAUAUGAGUGGAACGAGGUGAAGAACGUCAAAUCCAUUGUGCCCAUGAUUCAUGUGUCCUGGAAUGUGGCGCGCACUGUCAAAAUCAGCGACCCCGACUUGUUCAAGAUGAUCAAGUUCUGCCUCCUGCAAUCCAUGAAGCACUGUCAGGUGCAACGUGAGAGCCUGGUGCGAGCAGGGAAGAAGAUAGCUUACCAGGGCCGAGUCAAGGACGAGCCCGCCUACUACUGCAACGAGUGCGAUGUGGAGGUAUUCAACAUCCUGUUCGUGACGAGUGAGAACGGCAGCCGCAACACGUACCUGGUGCACUGCGAGGGCUGUGCGCGCCGCCGCAGCGCGGGCCUACAGGGCGUUGUGGUGCUGGAGCAGUACCGCACUGAGGAGCUGGCUCAGGCCUACGACGCCUUCACGCUGGUGAGCGCGGGCGCGGAUGAGGGGCUGAGGAGGAGACUUAGGCAGGUGGCCUGAGGACCCGCUCAGCGUCAACCGCUGAGCCCCCGCCCGCUUUUCUCUCCGCAGGCCCCCGCCAGCUCGUCGCGAUGAAGCCGGAUGCCCCGCUCGCCCGCCCGCCCCUCUGUAGGGCGCCGCGGGGCCACCAGCACAUGCCUGGGCUGGACCUAGGUCCCGCCUUUGGCCGGGAAGGGGGUUGGGCCCAGCCCUUCCACCCUAUUGGCAGCUCCCCUCACUUAAUUUAUUAAGAAAAAAAAUUUUUUUUAAACAAAUAUGAAGAAAAAAGGAAAAAAAAAUGGGAGACGGGGGAGGGGGCUGGCAGCCCCUUGUCCACCAGCGCCUCCCCUCACCGACUUUGGCCUUUCUAGCAACAGACACAAGGACCAGGCUCCGGCGGCGGCGGGGGUCACAUACGGGUUCCCUCACGCCUGCCAGUCGCCCGCCCGCCCGCUGAUGCACGCGGCUCGUGUAUGUACAUAAACGUUAAGGCAGCCGAGGUUUUUAAUGAGAUUCUUUCUAUGGGCUUUACCCCUCCCCCAGAACCCCCUUUUUUUUUUUUUUUUUUUUUUUUUUUACUUCCAAUGCUAGCUGUGACCCCCUGUACAUGUCUGUUUAUUCACUUGGUUAUGAUUUGUAUUUUUUUUGUUUGUUUUUGGUUUUUAAUUUAUAACAGUCCCACUCACCUCUAUUUAUUCAUUUUUGGGAAAACCCAACCUCCCGCUACCCCCAAGCCAUCCCACCCGCCCCUCUGGGGACUGCCCGCCCCUGGGCUCUCCCCCCACCCCAAUGUGUGUCCUCCGGGCUCGGCCCGUCGGUCUCCGCCCGCCCGCCCGUCCGUCCGUGGCUCCAGCCGGGCUCUCAUGGUGCUCAAACCAGCUCCCCUCCCCUACGUCCUGCACUUUCUCGGACCAGUCCCCCACUCCCGACCUGACCCCAACCCCGCCUGAGGGUGAGCGACUCCUGUACUGUAGGGGAAGAAGUGGGAACUGAAAUGGUAUUUUGUAAAAAAAUAAAUAAAUAAAUAAAUAAAUAAAUAAAAAAUUUAAAAGUUUUAAAGAAAGAACUAUGAGGAAAAGGAACCCUGUCCUCCCCAGCCCCGGCCAACUUUUAAAACAAGACCUUCACCUUCACCCCCCCUUUUCUUUUUAAGUGUGAAACAGCCCAAGCCCAGGACCUCACUGGGGCUGGGACACCCCAGGACGAGCUUCUCUGGGGCUCUGUUUUUGUUUUCUUGUUUUUUUUCCCUCCCCGCUGGGGCUGUGGUGGGGUGGGGGGUUUACAGUCCCGCCCCCUCGCACUGCACUGUCUCUCUGCCCCAGGGGCAGAGGGGUCUUCCCAACCCUAUUCCUAUUUUCGGUGAUUUUUUUGUGUGAGAUUAUUAAUAUUAAAAAUAAAAGAAGAAA